GUCCUGUUGAGCUCUGACGAGUGCUUCAAGCUUGUCCCGCCUCCGAACCUCCGUAGGAAUGGCUGACGUCGACUCGUAGUCAAAGGCUGUGCGCGCGUGUUCUUCAUUCGGACCUUCUCUUUUGAGUCAGAGAAGCCGAGCAGAAGGAUGUCUCAAGAUUGCCAAAAAAAAAAAGAAAAAAGAAAAAAAAAAAAAAAAAGCAUCCAUCGCCUGCCCCAGGGAGAGCCUGUAUGAAGGCCUGCUGGCCUGGAAGGUAUAAAAUCCAGCCUUCGCCUCACUGCUGCACUCAUUCAUCCCAAGCUCUCCAGAGAACAUUCUCAACUCCUCCAAGAGCAACUCUCCUACACCCUGUUUUUUCUUUCUGUAUAUACUCCACAUCAUGAGGCUUCCUUUGAAUUUUUUUACAGCCUGGGGCCUAGCAGCUCUGUCGGUGACUGUGUUGAGUGAGCCGGUCCCCGUCCCUCAUUACUUUCACCGCGAUGGCCUCACGCGACGAGACUUGUCGGUGUCGCAGGUCUCUCGCGAACUGGGCGCCCUCGUCUCGAACACCACCUCGAUCUUUGGGCCCUCAGAUCCCCGGUGGGAGAAUGCGACGGAGCGGUACACCACGUUUGCCCCUCCGACGAUCGAGCUGGUGGUGCAGCCGGGGCUGGAGUCCGACAUCCCCAUCAUCAUCAAAUACUGCAACCGGAACAGCAUCGAGUUCAUGGCGGUCAACCGGGGCCACUCGCUGACCAUCACCACGGGUCGCUUCAAGGGCAUUGAAAUCGACAUGGCGUCUCUUCGGAACUAUACCAUUGAACCCGACUUUCAAUCGGCCUGGUUUCAGGGGGGCAGUUAUGGUGGAUCGGUGAUCUCCAGUCUCUGGGAGCAAGGCUAUGUGGCGACCACGGGCAGCUGUACCUGCGUCGGGCUGCUGGGGCCGGGCCUCGGUGGCGGCCACGGACGGUUUGAAGGGCAGUACGGACUGGUCAGCGACAACUUGGUGAACCUGAACGUCGUGCUCGCCGACGGGUCCGCCAUCCGCGUCAACGCCACCAGCUACAGUGAUCUGUGGUGGGCGCUGCAAGGCGCCGGCCACAAUUUCGGGCUGGUGACGAGUUUCCAGAUGAAGAUUCACCCGCGCAAGGUGGACACCUGGCACUACCACAACUAUGUCUGGGCGGGCGAGAAGCUGGAGACGGUGUUUGAGCAACUCAACCUCUUCCACACCAGCGCCAACGGGACGACCCCGGUGCUCAUGGCGGUCAAUUUCGGGGCGUUUGGCAUCGAGAGCAACUACAGCACCACCGAGGCGGUGCUCUCAUGGAGCUUCGUCUACGCGGGCCCCGCCGCCGAGGCAGAAGCCCUGUUGGCCCCCUUCAACGCCAUCGGGGCCCUCUCCGAGGCCACCGGCGACGUGCCUUACCCAGACAUCGCCGAUAUCCAGGGCACGGGGCUGGACAGCGCCGCCUGCGUCCCCGGCUACAAAUGGGCCCUCCGCACCGCCGGCAGCGUCGACUACAACCUCACCUCCGAGCGCCAGAUCUACACCCUCUUCAACCAAAAGGUCGCCCAGUACCCGGAUCUGGCCGCUGGCGCCCGCGUCACCCACGAGGGCUACUCCAACGCCGCCAUGAAACGGGUCGAGGCCGCCUCCACCGCCGUCCCCUACCGCGCCGAGAAUCACUUGCUGUACAUUGCCAUCGACAUUCCCGACGACGGCUCGAAUCUGACCGCCGCCGCCAUGGCCUGGGCCGAUGAGACCCGCGCCCUCUGGAAUCAGGGCCAGCCCGGCCGCCAGCCCUCCACCUAUGUCAAUUACGCCUUUGGCGACGAGCCCGUCGCCUCCAUGUAUGGGUAUGAGCCGUGGCGGCUGGCCCGGUUGCGCGCGCUGAAGCAGAAGUAUGACCCCGAGAACCGAUUCCGGUUUUACAACCCCGUGAUUUAG